AAGCGAAACUUGGACCUUCUCUUCUACAACCAGGCAAACUACCCUGCACGCAAGCACAUCUCCCCCACCCUGCUCCUCUUCCUCCCUGUUCUCAGGCAAGAGCUUCCGGCAAACAGAUCUGCUGCUCGGACUGGUCUGUCUUCUCCCACAGCAAGGAGGAAGGCAGGAUGCACCCCGGGCUAUGGCUGGUGACCAGCACCCUGGCAGCAGUGCUGGGCACGGCCCUGCUGGAUGAUGGCGUAUGUCGGGCACCUGACGGCAAGGAUGGCUUCCCGGGAGUCCCUGGCCUUGAUGGGAGACCAGGGCAGAAGGGUGACACAGGAGAACCAGGGAAAUCCACACAUAGGACAGGCAUCAAGGGACCCAAAGGAGAAGCAGGUGAACCAGGGCUUCCUGGCAUCCCAGGGAACCGGGGCUACCCUGGCAUCCCAGGCCUCCCUGGAGUCCCAGGUCCACCAGGGAAGAAAGGGGCCAAGGGGAAAGCUGGCAAUAUCCUGGAUCAGCCACGGCCUGCCUUCUCCGCCUCGCGGAGGUCCCCACCAUCCAAGGGCAACACAGUGGUGUUCGACAACAUCAUCACCAACCAGGAGAGUUCCUACAGUCCCCAGACAGGGGAGUUCACCUGCCGCGUCCCUGGGCUCUACUACUUCGCCUACCAAGUGAUCUCCAGCGGGGACCUCUGCCUGAGCAUCACCAAGAACGAGGAGCACGUGGUCAGCUUCUGCGACAAUAACAGCCGCAAUUUGCUGCAGGUGAACUCAGGCAGCAGUGUGCUCAGCCUGGCCGUGGGUGACCGGGUCUCCGUGAGCACGAAUCCUGCCAAGGGCAGCGCUGUUUACAGUGGCUCCGAGGCAGAUAGCGUCUUCAGCGGCUUCAUGCUGUUCCCGCAGAUGGACUGAUGAUGGUCAAUCUGGACCUGCUCAGCACCAAAGCCUUGCUCUAUGUAUCUGCAUGUGUUUUCAACUCAUGAGUAUGUGGACUAGUCUUCUAUCGCAGCAAACUGGGAGAACCCCAAACUUAGCCGCCAGCUGGAUCCCGUGCUUCCACCAGUGUCCCAAAGUGGCCCUGCAGUGAGCCUUCACCCUGGCCCCAGCAGCUUCUGGGCACUCAGACCCCACACCAGAGGGGACGAGUUGAUACUGGGGUCAUUCACCAGUUGGGGCUCUUUGCUUGUGAGUGGGAGAUAACUGUGUGCCACUGCUUCUGCUGCACUAACCCUUGCAAACACUGUUCUGUUGCAGGGCCACCACUGCAUCGCACAUCUUCCCCAUCAGGAUAAAUAAACUCUUC